AUGGCUGGUGUCUUCAAAAAAGGUCACAGCAAGCAGAAAGGAGCAGCGAUGAUUCCAAGACAUAACCAGUCAGCUAAUCCAGAAUUCUUCCUCCUUGGGUUCCAGCUUCAACGCACCUCUAGAAUAAUUUUCUUCGCUGGUGUCUUCAUAGUGUUUAUGAUGACAAUAACUGGAAAUCUUCUAAUGAUAAUGCUGGUUUCUACUACUCAAUAUCUCAGAUCUCCCAUGUACGUCUUGCUCAGCCACUUGUCCUUUUGUGAUAUUAUACUUAGUAUGACUAUUACACCAAAUUUAUUAUAUGUCACCUUACAAGAUGGUAGCCCCAUGACAGUUAGUGGGUGUAUUACUCAGCUUUAUUUCUUUAGCUUGUCUUCAGCUACAGAAUGUCUUCUUCUCACCAUGAUGUCCUAUGAUAGAUAUGUGGCUGUCUGUAAACCAUUGCAUUAUGUAACGAUAAUGAAUUUCCCAUUUUGUCUUGGACUAGUUGUGUUGUCUUGGACACUGGGUUUAUGUCUCUCAAUGAUGCUUAAUAUUUGUUUGUGUCAUUUACAAUUUUGCAUUUCAAAUACUAUUGACCAUUUCUUCUGUGAUUAUGCUCCUUUCUUGCAGGUUUCUUGUUCUGAUACAACAAUUGUACAAACUAUGAUAUUUAUAAUAUCUGCUCCAGAAAUUGUAAUUGAAACUAUGUUUAUUAUUUCUACUUAUGUUUGUAUCUUUCUCGCAAUACAUAGAAUAUCAUCCACCACUGGGAGACAGAAAGCCUUCUCCACAUGCAGUUCCCACCUCACUGUCGUGUGCACGUAUUACGGGACUCUAGCUGCUAUCUAUGUAUUUCCUUCAGGAAAACAGUCAUUUAAUAUGAAUAAGAUUGUGUCCCUCGUGUACACAGUUGUGACCCCUUUAUUGAAUCCUUUAAUAUACAGUCUGAGGAACCAAGAAAUCAAGGCAGCUUUAAAAUCUAUUUGGAGAAAGAAAAAAUGUAGAAGUUUAAUAUAUUUCUUUUUUCUAAAGAUCCGUGAUUUUUAG